AUGGAUUCAGAUAACUUGAAUCGUCCGGCGAUCAACAUCUGGGUGUUCUUCGCUCUGGCAGCCCUUGACAUCGCAGCUAACGCCGCUGCUGGCCCAGCUGCAGUUGCAACAGCUGCUCAUGUCAAUGGCAGUCCACUGACAGCACGAGCCAUGCAGCUUGGUGCGCUUGCAGGUGUCACCAAGUCCGGAAUCUUAGCGUUUGUGGAAUUCGUGGGAUACGCAGGCUUACCGACACCGGCGUGGAUACUUCUCGUAUUAUUGGCGAGCUGCUUUGGAAUUUGUGUCGUUAUCACAGCCGAGAUCAGCAACCUGGUACUGGGAGAGACACCAACUGCAUUGCUUAUUGCAGCUGUGGUCGCCGCUAUUCCCCUGGCAGGAGAAUGUAUUGGAAUCUAUCAGUCGGCCGGAGGCCUUUAUGGUGGCAAGCCCCAAACACAGGCCUGCGUCAUGGGACUAGAUGCCUUGGGAGGUUACGUGUUUGCUCGCAUGGCUCACAAUGGCGGCUAUGAUAUUUGUCCGUAUCAUGUUGCGGCGGCUGCUGGAGCUGUGUAUGGAGUGAUCACUGGGUUCUUCCACACGGUCCUUGGAUGCAUAGCUGGUUGCUCCUCGUACGAAAGUACUAAUGGGCAUUAUACCGUGCGCAAUGUAUUUGGGAAGUCUCACGGGUAUGAUGAUAGCUGGAUGGUGACUGGGCAUCUAUGA